AUGGAAGUGGUGCACCUAAAUAACGUCAACCAACCGUUACUUCAUUCAAGUAAUGUUUACGAUACAUCAUUGAUUCUUGGGAAAAGAGCUGAUGGAGAUAAUUCCACUUCUUUGAGUGGGAUGGAAACUGGUACAUUUACAUCAUUGGGUGUUGAUUUAACUUCUGGAACUGGUGCUACUACCACCACCUCAAAUGUUGAAACAUUUACCCCAUCUACUUCUUCAGACACCCAGUUCAAUCCAACAUCUUCUACAUCAACUGGCACUUCGACAUCGUCAACUACAUCUUCUACCGAUACUGCUUUCCAAUCAUCACCAAACAAUCCAUCUACUUCAUCAUCUUCAUCCACAACGGAAUCAACAUUUCAAGAUUUUUCCACUGAACAAUCCACAUUUGACGAAACUACUACUUCUUCAAGCACCCAAUCAUCAUCUACUUCUUCCACGUCAUCAUCCACAGAACCUUCAGAAACAGGCUCAUCAUCAAGUUCAUCUUCAUCAAGCUCAUCAUCAAGUUCACAAGACACUAGCACUGUCACAUCAACAUCAGAAUCUUCAUCUGCAUCUAAAGAAGUCACUACAUUCAGUUCAGUCGAUAACGGUAGUACUGUUAUUGUGACUAGAACUUCCAUCAUAUCUUCUCUGCCAACUGCUUCAACCAAUAAUACUACCAACAGCAACGAUUCUGGUGGUGGUUUAUCCAAUACUAAUAAGAUCGUUGUUGGUGUUGUUGUCGGUGUUGGUGGUUCCAUCUUGAUUGGUUUAAUCUCAGUAUUAUUCUAUUUGAAAAGAAGAAACAAUCGUGACUAUGAGGGAGGUUGGACCUUCUGGAGAAAGAAUGAAAAAUUGGGUAGUGAUGAAUUUUUCAACGGUGAAUUGGGUGUUAGAGACAGAAACAUUAACCAAGGUUCUAAUUUCUAG